GCGCCUCCGCCCCACUUCCCCGGCCUCGGGCAGCGGCCAGCAAAGCCUGGGCGGGGCGAAGGGGGCGGGCGUCCUUUGACCUCUGGCUCCGCCCCCAGCACACUGAGUUCCCCUCCCGCGCAGCUAGCGCGGCAUCAGCUGAGUGCUGGCUCCGCCCCGGGCCUACUUACAAGUUCCGCGCUCCGGUCACCGAGCCUUGGCGGGUAGUGGAAUCCGGGAUGUCGGCUGUCCUGCAGCGCGUCGAGCGGCUGUCCAGUAGGGUGGUGCGCGUUCUGGGCUGUAACCCGGGACCCAUGACCCUGCAGGGCACCAACACCUACUUGGUAGGGAUCGGCACCAGGAGAAUCCUCAUUGACACUGGAGAACCGGCAGUUCCAGAAUAUAUCCACUGUUUAAAGCAGGCUCUGACUGAAUUUAAUACAACAAUCCAGGAAAUCGUAGUGACUCAUUGGCAUUGGGAUCAUACUGGGGGCAUAGGAGAUAUUUGUAAAAGCAUCACUAAUGGCACUGCAUGUUGCAUUAAAAAACUCCCACGGAAUCCUCCAAGAAAAGAAGUUAUAGGAGACGGAAUGCAACAGUAUGUUUAUCUGCAAAAUGGAGAUAUGAUUAAAACUGAGGGUGCCACGCUCAGAGUUAUAUACACACCUGGCCACAGUGAUGAUCACAUGGCUCUACUUUUAGAAGAGGAAAAUGCUCUCUUUUCUGGUGAUUGCAUCCUAGGAGAAGGAACAACCAUAUUUGAAGACCUCUAUGAUUAUAUGAACUCCCUAAAAGAGUUAUUGAAAGUCAAAGCUGAUACCAUAUAUCCAGGACAUGGCCCAGUAAUCCAUAAUCCUGAAGCUAAAAUUCUAGAAUACAUUUCUCACAGAAAUAUCCGAGAACAGCAAAUUCUUACAUUACUUCGUGAUAAUUUUGAAAAAUCAUUUACAGCAAUGGAGAUUGUAAAACACAUUUACCAGGCUAUUCCUGAGCAUUUACAUAAAAUGGCUGAACAUAACGUCUUGCUUCACUUGAGAAAAUUAGAAAAAGAAGGAAAAGUAUUUAGCAACACGGAUCCAGAGAAGAAAUGGAAAACUCAUCUUUAGUUUCAGAUUAAUGAAAGCUUGUGUUGGUUAGUUUUUAGAGAAUGGUGUGAUUUUCUUAACUAUUCAUUAUUUACAGGGAAGAUAGAGUAUAGAACAUGGAAAAUAACCCUAGAUAUACUUUAAAAGAAUGUCAUAUUUUCUUCUAAAAUAAAUAUUACAUUUCAUAUAUAUAGGUUACUUAUCUAACCUGAGUCUUAUAACAUUUUGCCAAAAAUUCAGAAUCCAACAAUGUAUCCAUGUUCAACAGAGUCAAUAAAAUGGGUACCUUAAAAAUAAUAGAAUUUAUGUAAUUUAAACUGGAUAUUAUGCUUGGAGAUUAGUUAUCUAUUACAAAUCUAUUUUCUCCAGCUGCUCCAGUUAACAGCACAGAUUUCUAUGUAAUCCUUCUUUACAUCUAAUAGCUUUAUUUUCAUGUUUCUAUCAGUUACGAUUUUGGUUUAGUUCUAUAGCCCUGUAUCUUGUAUAUUUCUUAUAAUGGUAUCCCACAAUGAUUCAUGCAUAUAAUCCAUGGUAAUUAAAAUAUAUUAAAUUCCCAAUUAAAAGCAUAAUAUAAUAGUUUCUGUGAUCUAUUACUACAACCAACAUACUUUUCAAGUUUAGUUUUUAGUAUGUAGUCAUCAGGAUAUAUAUGAAUUAUACACCAACAGUUGGAGUUUUUUAAAUUAAUUAGAGGAUUUAUAAUACAGGCAUUUUUUUAUAUAAGUAGUGUUCUUGAAAGAGGGGUUAGCUUCUCAGGGUAGCCCUCCAGUGCUUAUUUAACCCAUAAGGUUGCCAAACUACAAUACUAAAAUGAGCUCAGAAUCCUGAGAAAUGUCCAUGUUUAAAUUCUUUCCUAAAGGUAAGACUUUACAAAAAGAUUUUUUAAGCUUUCUUUGAUGGCCUCACCUCUUUCUGCUCUUUUUCCCAAGGUCCCCAACAUGUUCAUACUAUUCUAAACACUUAUUCUCAUGCCUUAGAGACCUGUUGUGUUCCUGAAACGAUUUCGUAUUAUAAAAUAACUGGACUCAACAAUAACAAAAAUAAACAACUCCAUUCAAAAAUGGG